ACUCAGCUUCACCACCUUUCUUUAAGUCUCUUACAGCUAAGCUUUAAGCAAAAUAUGGGGUUUGCAGUAGCAGCUAAAGCUGCCUUGCUCCUGCACCUUUCCCUUUUCGUACUGAGUAGCUUCACGGUGUCCUCUCAGAUCUUGCCUGAGGCUUUGCCUCCUCAUUACCAUGGAAUUUCGCCUGUAGUGCCACCUGCUCACCCACCAAGCCACCACCACCACCACCACCAUCACCAUUCCCAUCCGCAUCCCCACCCGCCAACCCCUUCCCCUACUAAGCCCCCAACUCACCCACCUGUUUACCCCCCGCCCAAAGCACCCAAGAUUGCUCCAGUUUAUCCACCACCCAAGUCACCAAGCAAGCCGCCAACUUACGCUCCUCCACCCAAGUCACCCAGCAAGCCGCCAACUUACGCUCCUCCACCCAAGUCACCCAGCAAGCCGCCAACUUACGCUCCUCCGACCAAGCCACCAACUUACGCCCCUCCACCCAAGCCACCAGUUUAUCCUCCAACUAAGCCACCGACUGCGCCCCCGACUAAGCCACCAGUGCACCCACCAACAUAUCCUCCACCAUCGCCUUCUCCACCUAAGCCGCCAACUUAUCCUAAACCACAAAGGAGCCUAGUGGCUGUUCAGGGCGUUGUUUUUUGCAAGUCAUGCAAAUACGCUGGAUCUGACACCCUGUUGGGAGCGAAGCCUAUUUUGGGUGCCACUGUAAAGCUGACAUGCAAGAACACCAAAUACAAGCAAGAGGCCACUGCGAAAACUGACAAGAAUGGCUAUUUCUUCCUGCAAGCACCAAAGACCGUCACCAGCUUUGGAGCCCACAAAUGCACAGUGUCUCUAGUAUCAUCGCCAAUGGCUAAAUGCAGCAAACCAUCUAAUCUCCAUGGUGGAUUGAAGGGGGCUACCUUGAGGCCCGAGAAGCCAUUUACUGCGAACAAGCUUCCGUUUAUUCUCUACACCGUUGGGCCAUUUGCUUUCGAACCCAAAUGCUACUAGAAACUUAGAUUCCACUCUUUUCCUUUGUUGCUCUUAAUGUGUUACCAGUACUUACAAGUUCCCCAGCUUAUUGUAAUCGCAUUUUGUUCAGUGUAUUGCUUUGUGUGAAAAUAGAUUACAGACGAAUAAUCAAUCGAUUUCUACUUUGACUA